CUUGAAGAUAGACUGCAAAUGUGGCUGAGCUGAGUGCCAGCACUGCAGCUUCUCCAGGGCAGAGUGCCCAGAGUCUGGAAACAGCAUCUCGGAGAGGAAGUAGAGAGUGAGUGGUGGGCACGGGGGACCAUGAGGGAGCUGACAGGGAACAAGAUGGGGCCCAGUGCUGCAGGAGUAGUAGCUCCCAGCUGCAGCCGCAGGCUUCCCAGUGCAGUGGAGCUGCCCAGGUGGGGAAGCAGGAGACAGCUCUGCAGCUCACUGUGAAAUGGGUACCAGACCUGGGCCGGGAGAGCCUUACGCAGCCAGAGGCAGCAGUGAGAAUGCCAGACACUGUUUCCUGAGUGCACUGCCCCCCCCCCCGGCCAACAGUUGGUGGGUGAAGUGGAUCAGCACCUGGUGGGCAGGGCUGUCAAUUGUUUCAGAAGACUCAGUUGGAACUCCCGCAGCAGAACAGCCCACAUCCAGGAGUGGAAGAAGGGGAGGGCGUCCAGUCACCAUGGACUGCGAGCAGUUAGACCACAGAUGAGAGAAUUCUGCUGAGAAGUAGGGGCUGGGACCACCCAGACUCUGCUCCAGCGGCCGCCAGAAGCAUCAGCCCUAGCUGCAAAGGACUGGAGGUGUCUCUCUGCUGUGUGGCUAGAGGUGGCAGUAUGCAAGCAGCCAGUGGGAAGGGGUCACUGCCCCUGCCCUGUGACCAGCAGCACAAACAGGCAAGAGGCCUUAGCCAGCAGCAGGACAAGGGCACCACCCCAUGACCAGCCCAUAAGAGCAAUCUUCUCUAGUUUCCCAAAGAUUGAGUGUUCAUCCUUUACCCUCCAGCCCAGCUUCUACUAUAUUUCUCUUCAUUUAUUUCUGUUUUAUCCCAUCUCUCUUAAAUUUCCUCCCCACAGGGUAAAAUCACUCUAUUAAGGGAAAACUCACUGCAGUGGAGAAACAAGACUUAACAAAGAGAAGAUACUUCAAGGACAAGGCAUGGACGAGCCUCUUUCCGAGACUGGAUUCAAACAGGCAGCCGCCGCUGGGAGUUUUCUGAAUAAUGUGCUGUUCACUCACGCAUUUUCCAGUGACCUCACGAGGACAAAGCAGGGUCCUGUUCAUUCUCUCUACCUGUCCUGAACUCUGGGAUCUGUAUACACAAUGUAAUUUCCAGUCUGCCCCCAGUACCUGCGCUAAGCUUCGACUCACCUUCGAAACGAAGACCAUCCAUGGAAUUUUGGAGAAGAGCAAAUUUUGCAAAGGCAUGACAGUAAAGUAUGAUUCAAGACUUCGAGAAAGGAAGUACGGGGUUGCCGAAGGCAAGGCGUUGAGCGAGCUACGAGCCAUGGCCAAGGCUGAAGGGAAAGAGUGCCCAGUGUUCACACCUCCCGGAGGAGAGACGCUGGACCAGGUAAAAAUACGUGGAAAAGAUUUCUUUGAAUUUCUUUGCCAACUAAUCCUAAAAGAAGCAAGUCAGAAAGAACAGCUUUCCCCAGAAGUUCCGGGCAACUAUCUGGAAACAUCUUUGGCAGAGAUAUUUCCUUUAGGAAAGAACCACAGUGGUGAGUUUCGUGCAGACUGCAGCCCUCCAGGCCUGGCAGCCAGCAUCCUGGUCGUGAGCCACGGCGCCUACAUGCGGAGCUUGUUCGGCUAUUUUCUGACUGACCUCAAAGGCUCCUUGCCAGCGACUCUGAACAGAUCGGAGCUCAUGGCCGUCAGUCCCAACACCGGGAUCAGCCUCUUCAUCAUAGACUUCAAAGAGGGGGGUGAACCCACGGUCCACUGUGUCUGUAUGAACCUGCGGGACCACCUGAGCGGAGUCAACUGACAGGGCCGAGCCCCCACGCGCCAGUCUCAGGUCGAAGGGUCUGCAGCGAGUGCUUUGCCUUGCUUCUUUUCUGUCCUCUGCUGUGCUGAUUUGGAAACAGGGAGAAUCACGUUCCAGACCUCCACAUCAAACAGCGAUAGCCAUUUUGCACGAUGUAAUUUGUGCCAGUGCUGUUGGCACUUUCCAGAGUAAUUUUACCGCCCUCCGCAGUCACAUCUCUGCAUUGUAAGUGGGUGAGGGAGCUCAGUGUUGCGGUUGGGGAUUAAUAAUCUUGUUACUGUGUUUUCCCCCUUUUAAAAUGUUGAUGUAUUUUUUUAAUGCUCAGCUUAUAUUAUUGGCUCCUGGUAAAAUACUGUGUGCUUUUUACAUCUCACCCAGUGCUUCAGAGAAAGAACUCCCUGUAAUUGACACUGAAUAUUUAUAUUGAUUGUGUUAUAUUUAAAGUCCUUUAAAUGAAAUAUUCUCACCAUCACAAGUUUAUGUAAAGUAAAAUGAUAAAAGAACACUAAAUGUCUUACGUACAAACCA